CUGAUUCACCCCACCUUCAUUGCCAGUCAGUCCCGCCCCUAAGUAAUGCUUAAAAACCCUAAGCUUGAAACCUAGCAUGUGAAUGAAGAAUUUGCUCUAAAUCUGUACAGACUCCUAUAUAUACAGAAAUGCUGAGAAGAAGAUUAACUUCAGUUUUAUCAGCUCCAAUCUGCAAUGCCUCCAAUCAGUUCCAAAAAUCCACCUCAAUCUUGCCGUCGCGCAUAUCCCAAAAAACCCCAUUGCUGCAAUUAAUACAAUGCCUGCGGGAUUCGUCGAACCCGAGUUCCAAUGGAUAUUUUAAUUGUCAGAGUACGAGGGCUUACAGCAGCCUAUUGGCCUUGAAUGAUUUGAGGGAUAACAAGGGGGCCCGGAAACAGAAGACCCGGAAGGGACGGGGUAUCGGCUCGGGCAAGGGAAAGACUGCUGGUCGUGGGCAUAAGGGUCAGAAGGCGCGGGGUACUAUGAAGUUUGGAUUUGAAGGUGGUCAAACUCCUCUCCGUCGUCGCCUUCCUAAACGCGGUUUUAAGAAUCCUUUCAGCCUCACUUUUCAGCCAGUUGGCUUAGGAAAAAUUUCAAAGUUGAUCAAUGCAGGGAAGAUAGAUUCUUCAGAGUUGAUAACUAUGAAAACUCUCAAGGAUGCAGGGGCAAUAGGGAAGCAAAUUAGAGAUGGUGUUCGACUGAUGGGCCGUGGGUCUGAACAUAUACAAUGGCCCAUCCAUCUUGAGGUGUCAAGGGUCACCGUCAGGGCUAAAGCAGCAGUCGAAGCUGCUGGUGGGUCCGUAAGGAGGGUGUAUUACAAUAAACUGGGCUUCCGGGCAUUGCUAAAACCGGAGUGGUUCGAGAAGAAGGGCAGAUUGCUCCCUAAAGCAGCAAGGCCUCCACCAAAACAGAAAGAUAAAGUAGAUAGUAUUGGACGUCUGCCUGCCCCUACGAAACCUAUUCCUUUGACACCUGAAGAGAAAGAGCCAAUGUCUGCUUAAACUACCUGAAGUUUGCUUAGAUGUUGUAGAGCUUGAUGAUUGCCAUACGGAUAGAUUUUGUUUUUAACCGUAAAUUGAAUUGCAGCCUGUCUCUGUCCUUGAUUAUGCUAGCUAAUGGAAAAUGAAAUUUUCUUGUUUUGUUAGAUAAGUCUCUGCAGCA